AUGGAAUAUGAAAUACCCCAAUCAUUAAACAAAGUCAAACAUAUAAUAUUAAUAUUAUCAGGUAAGGGUGGAGUCGGUAAAUCAUCAGUAACAACUCAAACAGCCCUCACAUUAGUUUCAAAAGGGUAUAAUGUUGGAGUAUUAGAUAUAGAUUUAACUGGUCCGUCAUUACCAAGAAUGUUCGGAGUAGAAAAUAAACAAAUUCAUCAAUCAACACAAGGAUGGGUUCCAGUUCAAGUAUAUCCCAAUCUUAAACUUAUGUCCUUGGGGUUUUUAUUAAAAAAUAGAGGUGAUUCAGUUGUCUGGAGGGGUCCUAAAAAAACAGCAAUGAUCAAGCAGUUCCUUAAAGAUAUUGUAUGGGGCAAUGAACCAUUGGAUUACUUAUUAAUUGAUACGCCACCAGGAACAUCAGAUGAACAUAUUGCAAUUGCUGAAGAAUUAAGAUUUGCUCAACCUAUAGAUGGUGCAAUUAUUGUAACUACUCCUCAAUUAGUAGCUAUAAAUGAUGUAAAGAAAGAGAUAAAUUUCUGUAAGAAGGUUAAUUUUAAUAUACUAGGUAUUAUUGAAAAUAUGUCUGGAUUUAUAUGUCCGAGUUGUAAAGAAUGUACUAAUAUUUUUUCAAGUGGUGGAGGGGAAUUAUUAAGUAAAGAUUUGGAAUUGACGUAUCUUGGUAAUGUUCCUAUUGAUCCUAAAUUUGUUGAAAUGAUUGAAUCACAAAAUGAAGAUAAUAUAUUAAUUGAAAUGUAUAAAAAUAGUGAAUUGGAAGUGAUAAUGAGUGGUAUUAUUGAUAAGAUUUUGAAACAAGAUUUACCAUCAAGAGUAUAA